CAGAGAUGCUGUGCAAAACAAGACAUUUGACAGUCUUUCAUGUUAUCAGCUGUUUUAAGAACUCCAGAACUCUGCCUUCCAUUUCUUCUUCUUAUCAGUUAUUGUAACAAACAUCUGCAGACAAAACCUCACCAUGACGUCUGUCAGUACUAAAUGACCUUUUGGUGAGACUGUUUUGUGAACUGCUUUUUCUAGGUCACAAAGAACGUUUAGUCUCAAAGAGAAUUAUGUCUUAAUCAUGUAAUUUCAUCAGCAACAUCAAGUUGUUUUUCAAACCAGACCACAGCAGAUUAAAACCCUUUACUUAAACAUUUUAUAUCUACAUACUCAAAUCUUUCAGUAUAUCUUAUGGGAGGAUUCUGUUGUAGAAGUAUGAUGAUCUUCAAAUGUACCUACUUUUCUCAUCCUCUCCUCUUGCCGUUGCAUAACUUCACUCUCCAAGCACAGUCUCUAGACUCUGUAGAUGUUCUGUUUGGACAACCCCAAAUUUCCAGGACGUGUUUAAUUUGGCUCAGUAAACGUUUUGCUCCCUUUACAUUUAAUCUAACACACAGCAGACCAGGCGAAGCUGCAACCCAUCAAGCUUUCCGAUUAAUCACACCUGCAGCAGCAGCAGCUCUAAUGGGAUUCCUGAACUAAUCAUUCCUUCUUGUGAGGGUGUUGAAACAUUUAGGGGCUGACAGCUUAAAUGAGCUGCUUGAGAGGAUAUGAGGAACAGAACCAGAUAAAGCGGAGCAGUUUGUUUAGCUAAGAGGAGAGAAAACAAACAGAUCGUGCCAGGAAGAUCUGGACAGUCUCUUCCUCUCAGCUUUCCCUCCUCCUGCUUCUUGUUGCGUAACUCCACACUGACAGGAGGGUCAUUUUCCUUCCUGGACUCUCUCACAGAAGUCAUUUUUGCUUUUCCCUAGCAUCUGUCUCACAGCGUACGAUAAUGGGUUUGAGGAUCGUUGCUGUUCUGGCUGUGUUAAUGGGGGUAACCGGGAGCCCCAGUGGGACCGUCAGACCUGAAACUGUCUCAGUGGACAUAACGGCUCAUCCCAACAGCGUACCUGAGACGGCAGAGGAACCAGGACAGAACGUAGAACUAGGAGAAGAGGAGGCAGAGGAGGAUGUGAUGGCAACUGGUGAGCUGAAUCCCAAUCACUACCCUGCUCAGAGAGCAGCUAAGGUGGUGCAACACUACCUCACCACCCGCUACGGAUCCCCAUACAGGCUGUUUGGACUGCAGAGGGUCCACAGUGGAAACGCUGAGGAUGUAGCAGACACUGGAAGAAAGUACCAGCUGGAGAUCUCAGUGCACGAGAUCAUCAGCAAUACUACACAGAAAUGCUCUGCAGAGGUUUUCUUCCCACGUGGAGAGAAGCAACAAUCACCCCAAGUCCAGGUUUCAUGUGAGGAGCUUCUUAAUAUCAGCACUAAAGCUCAAGAAGAAGCCCUGUACCAACAGUACAAGAUGAACCAAAGCCUUCUGUCAGCGCAGAAUUUACCUGACAGCCACGGCCACAUUGAGCCUGACAUGAAGCCUCUCUGGCACCUCGGCAUUGUGGCCUCCAGCUUCGUCAUGCUGAAGGAAUCCACUGAAAACACUCUGUACAACAUGGCUCAGGUGUCAAACAUCACACAGCUGGCAACUGAGAACGACCAGCUGAAGUUCGAAUGUCACACACUGCUGCAUGACAUGGUGUCCCAGGAAAUCCUCCCCUGGAAGCUGCUGUUCACCUGGUCUGCUGCAGAGGGAGUUAAAGUGCUGCAGAUGGAGCAGCUGCCUCACUGUCACAGUUGUGAAAAACCUCCCAACACAGACUAAACUGCUGGCACUCCUCACACUGCUAUUUCAACCAAAAACCACAUCACGAUGUUCGCAUCUUGUAUUCGAAUAUUGGAGCAUGUGUUUACGAUGACGCUGCAAGUGCUAAGCCAAGAUUUGCUGCUGAUUCUGGCAGCAAAAAUCUAAAUAAAUACUGAGGAGUGGAGUUUUACUUCAGAAAUUGUAUCAAGCCUUCAUUUAUAUAAGGAAAUGAUAUCCUGAAAUUGUGCUGUAUUUUUGUUUUCUGGUGUAUUUUAGCCUAAAUAAACGAUUUAAACAGAC